CUUUUUUUUUUUUUUCUUUUUUGGAAUAUAAACAACCCCCCACUCCCAACCUUUUUAAAAUUAUAGAAAAAAGAACAUGUUGCGCGCCAUCAACAAAGCAAGCGUAGCACGUAGAACACCUGCCAUUUUAAAGACUGGAGUCCGUGCAUUCACUGCUUCAACAAAUGUUAAAGAAGAAAUUGAAGUCUUCAUUGAUGGAAAAUCUGUCAUGAUUGAAAAAGGAGCUGCAUUGAUUCAAGCUUGUGAAAAAGCUGGUGCUGAUAUUCCUCGUUUCUGUUAUCAUGAACGUCUUUCAGUUGCCGGUAAUUGCCGUAUGUGUCUUGUCGAAGUUGAACGUGCACCCAAGCCAGUCGCUUCUUGUGCCUACCCUGUUAUGCCCGGUAUGAGAGUAAAGACCAACAGCCCAGUCGUCCACAAGGCCCGUGAAGGUGUAAUGGAAUUUUUAUUAUACAACCAUCCUUUGGACUGUCCUAUCUGUGAUCAAGGUGGUGAAUGUGAUCUUCAAGAUCAAAGUAUGCGUUAUGGUUCCGAUCGUGGUCGUUUCCAUGAGCCUGUAGGCAAGCGUGCUGUUGAAGAUAAAGAUUUUGGACCUCUCAUCAACACUGCCAUGACUCGUUGUAUUCAAUGUACUCGUUGUGUCCGUUUUGCUAACGAAGUGGCUGGUGCUACUGAGCUUGGUACUAGUGGCAGAGGCAAUGAUAUGCAAAUUAGCACCUAUAUCGAAAAGACAAUUGAAUCCGAAAUGUCUGGUAACGUCAUUGACCUUUGUCCUGUCGGUGCCUUGACAUCCAAGCCUUACAACAUGCGUGCUAGACCUUGGGAAUUGAAGAAAUACGAGACCAUUGAUGUUUCAGAUGCUAUUGGUUCCAACAUUCGUCUUGACACUCGUGGCGUCGAAGUCAUGCGUAUCCUUCCCCGUAUGAACGAUGAAAUCAAUGAAGAAUGGAUCUCUGAUAAGACUCGUUUCUUCUAUGACGGUUUGAAGGUUCAACGUUUGACAACCCCCUUGAUCCGUGAAGGUAACCGAUUUGUUCCUGCUUCCUGGGAAAAGGCCUUGAAGCGUGUCAGUGAAGAGUUGAACAAGACCAAGGGUAACUCUGCCAAGGCUAUUGCCGGUCAUCUUGCUGAUGCUGAAUCCAUGGUCGCUCUCAAGGAUCUCCUUAACCGUGUUGGUUCUGAAAACUUGACUAUUGAUGCCCCCAAUGGCUCCAAGCCUUUGGCCAUCAACGCCGAUUUCCGUUCAAACUAUGUGUUGAACUCUACUAUUGCUGGUGCUGAGGAUGCUGAUGUUGUUCUCUUGAUUGGUACUAAUCCUCGUCAUGAAGCUCCCAUUUUGAACACACGUUUCCGCAAGGCUUUCCUCCAUAAAGAACAAGAUCUUGGUUUGAUUGGUCAACCUGAUAACCUGAACUAUGAAUACGUUCAUGUAGGUGAGAGCAGCAAGGACAUUGAAAAGAUCUUGGAUGGUUCCCAUCCUUUCGCUAAGCGUCUUGCUGAAGCCAAGAAGCCCAUGAUUGUUGUUGGAUCUUCUGUGAUUGAAAAUGCCAAGGACAGCGAAUACCUCUUGUCCAAGGUCUCUGAACUUGCUGACAAGUUCAAGAAUACCUUGUUCCAAGAUGGUUGGAAUGGUGUGAAUGUCUUACAACGCGCUGCCAGUCGAACUGCUGCUUAUGAAAUUGGAUUUGUCCCCACCUCUUCCGAAGCUGCCAAUGCACCUGUUGACUUCCUUUACCUCUUGAAUGCUGAUGAAGUAUCUGGUACUGAUAUUCCCAAGGAUGCCUUUGUCGUUUACCAAGGCCACCACGGUGAUGUCGGUGCUCAAUACGCUGAUGUGAUUCUUCCUGGUUCAGCUUUUACCGAAAAGAAUGCUACCUAUGUUAAUACCGAAGGACGUGCACAGAUCACUCGUGCUGGCGUGAACCCUCCAGCUGCUGCUCGUGAAGACUGGAAGAUUAUUCGUGCAUUAUCAGAAGUUGCUGGUCACACACUUCCCUACGACGAUCUCCCUUCAGUUCGUUCUCGUUUGUCCGAAAUCAGUCCUUCAUUGACUCGUUAUGAUGUCAUCGAAACACCUUCGAUCACUCAACUUGGUUUGACUACCCAACGUAAACCCAAUGCACAGAGUACAGGUGAAAUCUUGACCUCUGUCAUCAAGAACUUCUAUCGUACAGAUCCUAUCUCUCGUGCAUCUAGCACAAUGGCUAAAUGUUCCAAGACUUGGGUCCAGAAAGACGAAGUUGAACCUCAAGCACAAGCUGCUACUGCCUAGAUUUAUUGACCAUCUUCUCUUUUUUAAAUAAUGAAAUUUUUUUUACAAAAAUUUGUUCGAUAUACUUUUUCUUUUCUUACCGCCAAAGACAAUAAAAAACAUGCCUAGUAUAGUAAUUUUGUAGUCGAGCCAUUAUCUCCUUGAUAUUGAGAUGGGUUACAUCAUUUCAUUAGAAAAACAAAGAAAAAAGGGAGAUCAAAGAGAUAAAUGAAAGGGGGUUGUUACACAUGUUACAAUGGCGGGUACAUUUUUGCCAUAUUAGACACACAACUUUUGAUCUUGAUGAGGC